GUUUUCUGUUUUAAGAAACAGCCUGUUCCUUAUUGUCGUCAGAAGAAAUUCAAUAUAUCGAUAACGCGUUAAAAAGUUCUAUAUCAUUGUGAAAUGUAAGCAAUACGUUUUUAAUCUUGGCAUUAACGAUGGAAUCAUUCGCAUCGCCGAUGCGUUACGUAAUUAUUAUCUGUUAGUAAUAGCAUGACUAGGAGGUGAAUCGAUGCUCCGUGAUCAGUUGGUUUCCAAGUACAUUGCGUGCUUUAUCGAUUAUCGCAGUGAAAACACGUGUCAAGAACGGAACGGUCAAGGAACAAUUUUAAAAAGUAAUCAUUUUUUCUUAAAUAACGUUUCCAAAUCUCUGAUCGACGAUGCUUAAGAUACCCAACCUUGCUUUUUCCAAUGGCCUGAAGAUGCCAGUUUUUGGCCUUGGUACGUAUCAGUCAAAAGCCGGAGAAGUGGAAAAAGCUGUGAUGGAAGCUAUAGAUCUAGGAUAUCGUCAUAUAGAUACGGCACACUUUUACCAGAAUGAAAAAGAAAUUGGUCAAGCGGUUCAAGCAAAAAUUAAGGACGGCACCGUGAAAAGAGAAGAUCUCUUCAUUACGACCAAGCUUUGGAACAAUGCUCAUAAGGAAGACAUGGUUGUCCCGACUUGCAAAAAGUCUUUGGAACUUCUCGGUCUCAGUUACGUGGAUCUUUAUUUAAUUCACUGGCCAUUCGCGUUUAAGGAGGGAGAUGAAUUGUAUCCUAAAAACGAGAAAGGUAUCGCUAUAACGUCGGACACGGAUUACCUCGAAACCUGGAGGGGAAUGGAACAGUGCGUGAAUUUGGGAUUGGCUCGUAGCAUCGGAAUUAGUAAUUUCAACAUAGAACAAAUCACUCGGCUGCUUAAAGAGGCUAAAAUUCCACCUGUAAACAAUCAGGUCGAAGUAAGCGUGAAUUUAAAUCAAAAGCCAUUGAUCGAAUUUUGUCAGAAAAAUAAUAUCACUAUAACUGGAUAUUCACCGUUGGGACAACCUGGAAACAGAGCGGGAGCACCGAAUUUCCUUGAGAAUCCAACGAUCCUCGAGCUAGCUAAAAAGCACAACAAAACACCGGCACAAAUUAGUCUACGAUACGCGCUACAACACGGAAUCGCCAUUAUCCCGAAAACUGUAACAUCCAGUCGACUAAAGGAAAAUAUGGACAUAUUUGAUUUUACUCUCUCUCCCGAGGAAAUGGAGAGUAUCGCGGCACUAGCUACGGGUGCACGGGUAGCACGAUUCAUCGACUUGAAAGACCACAAAUAUUACCCGUUCUAGAUAUGUAUAGAAAAGCAUCAUCGUAAACGGAUGAAAAAGGCAGGAAACAGCUCGUCAGUUUCGGUGUAAAUUAAAUAGUAAGGCAUAUCCCCUUUGAACUAAUCCCACGCUAUAAUUCGGCUCUCGUUUGACCCUUAUCUAGUCAAUUGGAUUUAUUGAACGCCAUGGAAAAUUUCGAUGCUUCGUUCUGAAAUGGCAUCGUACCAGCCAACCGAAUCAAGUUAAUUGUGUUUGAUCGGUAUUUGCAGCGAUUGCAGAAUGUACAAUGUUUCUCGGCAAAUAAAAUUCCAUGAAAACGAAACUUUAGAUGAAAAUAAAUGUUCGUUCUUUCGUUCGAACGACCAAAA